AUGCCCCUCACCGUCCAGCGCGACCCCAACAUGGAGCGCUCCAGCGCAUCCAACCUGAGGGCCGCCUUCAGGGCUACACUCAACCCUUCCGGCACCAUCCGCGCCGUUACCCCCGACCUGACCGACCCUACGGUACCGGGCAACCCUGGUGAACCCCACCGAGGUGCCAACUCACAGCAGAGCUCACCGCGCUCCAUCCCCGGUGGACCUGCCCGCCGCCAAGGCAUGGUAUUCAACGAGGUCUUCUCCGAGUCCUACGAGAGCGGCGACUCGAGCCCUCCUCAACACCUGCGACACACCAGUGGAAGUAUGCGACCGAGAACCCGAACCAUGGAUGCCUCCAUGCUGGCCCAGCGGAGCGUGCCACCCACUAGUGAGCGUCACCGCGUGGGCAGCGUCAGCUCCUCGGGUUCACAGCAUCCAUCUGAUGAACCGAAACCCAGUGCAUCACUGGACACAUUAUCCUUUCACUCGCCUGUCUCCAUACGAGAACCCAUCACCACGCCCAAAGACAAGAAGAGUUCUAGUAGACGCCUCAUGAAGCGGCAAUCGUCCCGCCCUACAUCGCCCCUCAUCUCUCCCCCACCGACAGUCGACUCACUUCCGUUACCAAUUGCGACUGAUGAUGCAAACAAGGUGUUGCUACUGAUGAGGACCUUAUGUGGCAGAAUGCGCGGCGAGAUCGAGUACCAGGGCGAGUCCGGAGGGCCUUGGCACACCGGUGUAGCCUACAUCGAAGAAGAGAAGGGAUGCCUCAUGUUUGAUUCGGGCCAGAACGGCCCAUUCCACAUCACACUCGUGUCCGACUUGCGGGGUUGCAGGGUGCUCCCAGUCGACUACCCUGAACAAACGAAAGAGUGCCUGGAGUUGGUCUGCAUUCAGCCUCCUGUGGAAAUUCUAAUAUGUCCGCUGGUCGCCGAAGAGUUCGACUUGUGGUUGGCAGCGUUGCUUUGCUGGCAGCAGCUCCGGCCGACGGGUGUCAAGCUGACCAACGGAAAGCCAGCAAGCCCAGCGCUGUCCAGGCCGGAACUAAAAAGACACGGGCAUUCCAAUGACAAACCAAAACCUACAAAUAUUAUCAAGGUUGGCAAGGUGAUGUUAUGGGACAAGGGCUUGGCCGGUUCCCCUAGGGCCAUUGUGAAGCGGCCUUCGACGAGAGAUCUACGAUCACCAACCACAUCAUGGAGGAGAGUCUCUUGCAUCCUGCAGGACAACGGGGAGUUCAAGCUGUUGACGGAAAAUGAUGUAUCCGUUUUGUCAAUUAUCGAACUCUCCCAACUCUCACGAUGCGCUGUCCAGCAACUCGAUCGGACCGUUCUCGAUGAAGAGUACUGCAUCGCCAUCUUCCCCAUCUACGCAUCAGCAUCAACACACCUUUCCAUCUUCAGACCAGUCUACCUCGCGCUUGAUACUCGGAUCCAUUUCGAAGUCUGGCUUGUCUUGCUACGAGCGUUUGCGGUACCGGACAUGUACAGGCUUGACGACCCCAACAACUCGGAAAUCUUGGAGAUUGAGAACAUCGAAAACGAGUACGACGGAGAAGUGUUCCGCCUCGAAAAGACGAUCAAUGUUCGAGUGACAGAAGCCAAGCUCAAGGGGAAACCGCCAGGCCUCGAAAACAGCAUUGCAGAAAGGGGGGCAGGGAGGUUAGAGCCGGAUCCCCUCGUUGGAAACUACCUGGCCGAGGUCAUCCUUGAUGGCGAGGUCAGGGCGAGAUCGACAACCAAGACAGGAACGAAAAAUCCAUUUUGGCGAGAGGAAUGCGAGUUUACCGAUCUUCCGCCAUCGACACCUCUUCUGUCUGUCGUCUUGAAGCGAGUGGAGGGUAACUUGGAGAGCUCGAGCAACCUGCUCCAGGCAUCUGUUGGGCUACCCAAGACUCGAAACCUACAAGAGUGUAUUGUUGGCACCGUCGACAUAUCUCUUGAACUCCAGGAUCAAGGCGAAACCGAGGAUUGGCUCCAGGUAUUGGACGAGAAGGGGCAGUCGUUUGGCCAAAUGCUGAUCAAGGUGACUCACGAGGAGCAUGUUGUGCUUCUAUCCAGGGAGUAUCGGCCCCUUUCAGAUCUUCUGCAUCGCUUCCCUGCCGGUCUAACGAACCAGAUUGCGUCUGUGUUGCCAGGGCACCUGCGUCGCCUCUCUGAGCUGUUUUUGAAUAUCUUCCAGGUAUCCGGGUCCGCUGGUGACUGGUUGAUGGCACUGGUUGAGGAUGAAAUUGACGGUAUUGGGAACCAAACUUCGAUCAAGAAGUACCGAUUCAGCAGCCGUCUCAAGUCAAAUGAUACAAUCGACUCGGGCACUGAUCGCGAACUGAUUGUGAGAGACAUCGGCAAGUCCUUGGCUGGGGAGGCAAAUCUACUCUUCCGUGGCAACUCUCUUUUGACUCAAGCCCUCGAGUUUCACAUGCGCCGAUUGGGUAAGGAGUAUCUGGAAGAUAUUCUGCAAGAGAAGAUCUUCGAGAUCAACGAGAUAAACCCAGACUGUGAGGUUGACCCGAGCAAGGUUCCUCACGGGUCGGAUCUCGACCACCACUGGAGCAUGCUGAUCCACUUGACGACUGAGAUAUGGAAAUGCAUCGCCAGUUCGGCUGCCCGACUCCCUCCAGAGCUGCGACACAUCCUCAAGUAUAUUCGGGCUGUGGCCGAGGACCGCUACGGCGACUUCCUCCGCACCGUGACUUAUACCUCCGUAUCCGGCUUCCUUUUCCUCCGCUUCAUCUGCCCUGCCAUCCUGUCACCAAAGCUUUUUAACCUCUUGCGCGAUCAUCCUCGGCCUCGUGCUCAACGGACCUUUACCCUCAUCGCCAAGGCACUACAGAAGCUUGCCAAUCUGUCGACAUUUGGCAAGCGGGAGGAGUGGAUGGAGCCCAUGAAUAGGUUUUUGAAUGUUCAACGGCAGUCCAUCCGCGAUUAUAUCGACCAGGUGUGCAGUAUCCCUGCCGACCGUAGCGCCAACAUGGUCCCCGCCGGCUAUAGCACUCCAGUCACAAUCCUGGGGCGCCUUAGUCCCACUGCCAAGGAGGGCUUCCCAAGUCUGCCGUACCUAGUUGACGACACAAGGAACUUUGCUGGUCUGGUAAAGCUAUGGGUUGAUGCAAAGCCGAUUGAGGACAAGAAAGGCGAGGUGGAUGAUGACCUUGUGCAAUUCGACGACUUGUGCUUCGCCUUGCAGUAUCGUGCCGACGCCUGUCUUGCCAAGGUUGAGUCCUAUCGGGCCAAUGACGCGGCGUACACGCCUACCGACGAAAUCGCCGAUACCCUUGAGCAGGCUUCCAUGGUAGAUUCUCUGUCUAUCUCGUACGCUGGCUCGUCUUCGGCUUGGAACGACAUAUACGAACCUCCACCAGGAAGCUCCGGCAGCGAUAUCGCGGAAGAAGUACGUCAUCGGCGACGAAGCAAGGAGAAACACCGCGGCAAGGUCAAAGACGCAGAGAGCCGCAGGCAUGGUGGCCUGCGACAUGCCAGCGCCAGUGCCAGCAAUGCGAUCAGGGCUAAGAACGGCCGCGUCGGUCGGACGAUUCUCAGUGGCAUCAUGCGGAUAGGCGGCCGCGGCGAGAGCCCGGAUAAAAACCAGAAAUGA